AUGCAUAAUAAUCCGUUUGUCAUAGUUUUAGAGAGCCCAGUUAUGUACCGUUUACCACUUUGUCGUCUGAACUGGGCGAAUACUAACACAUUAAGAAGGCUAUCAUCAUCAAAGCAGAAAGUUGAGUUACCGAAGGAAGAUUUGAAGAAGAAAGUUCCAAAAGGUAAACUAGAUGAUCCAGUUUGUGAUAAACCUUAUGAAGAUCCGUACCUCCCAAAACAUCCAGGUGGCGUUAACCCAAUAACUGGAGAAAUUGGUGGGCCCGCUGGGCCAGAACCUACGAGAUACGGGGACUGGGAACGGAAGGGUCGCGUUACGGAUUUUUAA